AAUCUGUUUUGAAGACAGGGCCACACUGAGUCUGAUUGGCAUUAGACAAAAACAACGUACGUCUGCAGUAAAAUUAACGAAGAUAUUUUUCCCCACUGAUAAAAGCCGCAUAUAUAUAUUCUACAUGCCAAUUAUCGAGCCCAACGACUGAGCCACGUCCUGCGUCACCGCUAGAAUUCCAAUCACAUCGAACGGACAGCACCUGGAACGGACAGCACCCGCCAUGGACUCCCAUUCGCGUUUCGCACCGAGAUUGCCAGGCCGUCAAAAUACUUAACUGAAAGCAUUACUUGUCCUGCCAUCAAUCCUAUCGUCGAUAACUCGGAUGAGCCGCAGCCCAGUCUCUCCGAUCUCCACGACUUCGAGCCGAAGCUGGAGUUUGACGACACCGAACUGCUGGCCCCAUCGCCCCUAGAAAAAGAUGUUAUGGUCGGCGAUUUUGUCCUGGCAGAUGAUCCAGAACUAGAACCCGAAGAAGAUGUAAAUUCACUGGAGGACGAUUUUGAGGACCAACUCAGGGAACAGUCGGAGAACUUUCAGGCGCCCAGAAACAAAUGCGAUUUCCUGGGAACCGACAAACAAGGUCGUCACAUAUUCGGCAUUUAUGCAUCUCGCUUUCCCGAGAAAUCCCAGCUGGAAGGUUUCGUUCGUGAAAUCAUCAAAGAGAUCGAACCAUUUGUGGAGAACGACUACAUCUUGGUUUAUUUCCAUCAAGGCCUCAAGGAGGACAACAAACCAUCCGCACAAUUCCUGUGGAACUCGUACAAGGAGCUCGAUCGCAACUUCCGCAAGAACCUGAAGACGCUGUAUGUGGUGCAUCCGACGUGGUUCAUACGGGUCAUCUGGAACUUCUUCAGCCCCUUCAUCAGCGACAAGUUCCGCAAGAAGCUAGUCUAUAUCUCCAGCCUGGACGAGUUGCGCCAGGCGCUCGGUCUGAACAAGCUGAAGCUGCCGGACAACAUUUGCGACCUGGACGACAAGCUCAAUCCCAGUCGGAAGCCAGCGACGCCGCCACCCAGCAGCAGCAGCAGCAGCAUAAAUGCAUCCCGGCAGCAGCAGCUCAAAAUGGCGACGACGCAUCAAUUCGGAGUGCCCCUCAAGUUCAUCGUGAUGAACAGUCCAUGCCUGAACUCGAUUCCGCCGAUUGUGCGCAAAUGCGUUGACUCACUGUCCAUUACUGGCGUGAUCGACACGGAGGGCAUAUUCCGGCGAUCCGGAAACCACAAUGAGAUCAUGGCGCUCAAGGAGCGCGUCAACCGAGGCGAGGAUGUGGAUCUGAAGAGCGUGAGUGUCCACGUGAUAGCCGGCCUGCUGAAGAGUUUCCUGCGUGAUCUCGCCGAGCCGCUGCUCACCUUCGAGCUGUACGAGGACGUCACCCGAUUCCUGGACUGGCCCAAGGAGGAGCGGUCCAGGAAUGUCACCCAACUGAUACGCGAAAAACUGCCCGAGGAAAAUUAUGAACUGUUCAAGUACAUCGUAGAGUUCCUGGUCAGGGUGAUGGACUGCGAGGACCUCAACAAGAUGACCUCCUCCAACCUGGCCAUCGUGUUCGGUCCCAACUUCCUGUGGUCGCGCAGCACCAGCACCUCCCUGGAGGAGAUCGCCCCCAUCAACGCGUUCGUCGACUUUGUGCUGCAGCACCACAAGGACAUCUACUUGAUCGACGUCAAUCAGAGCACGGUGUCCGUCGAUUAACGACUGGCCCCCCACAAACAAGUCCGUAAUUGUAAAUUGUAUGAUUUUAAUGUUAGUCCUAAGUGAACCAAUGGUUAGCUAAAAAGAGAACACACAAAAGGCAAUCGAAGCUAGUGCUAGAGCAGAAGGCAGUUUCGUGUAUAAAGUGUACUGUAAUCCUAAGUUGAAUUUAAAACUGUGUGUAAGUGUGUGUGGAACUGCUUGUAGACCCAACUCCACGCUCCACGCCAACUUCCCCUAAAGCACAAUUAUCUAGAACCCACCCACAUCCCCCACUAAGCGCUUAGUACGAUUGAUUUACCAAAGAAAUUUGCUUGUGUUCGUUCGGCGGCGAACAGGAGAGAAAUUCGAAAUGAGAUGUUAUUAUUAUGCUAAUGUAUUAACGCACAUUCCCACAUGCCCAUGACCGGAAACGAACACGAUUCUUGGCUGCGUUGCUGAAUGCACCUGCCACGCGUAAGUGGAGUUGUGGCGAACUCAAAAAUCGUAUAAUGUGUAGAAUUUUGAAUUUCCUUAUAGUCAUACAAACAAUUUUUAUAAAAUAACGGUAUUGUUAAAAAUAAAGCAAAUGUUAAAACCACGAA